GGUGAGCCCGCUUUGCUCAUGUGAUCCCGAAGAAUGCCGCCAGCUACGGCGGGCAGCGAAUCGUCGGGUUCAGUGUCAACUAUGACAGGAUACGUCCUAGAUGUGAACCAUUGGCUUGGGGAUGCAUUGACGAACAGCGACAAAGACAUGAUGUCUUCCGCGCCAUCGGGGGCAACCGGGCAAUCUGGGCAUUCCGGGGGAUCUGACCAAUCUGGGCGUUCCGGGGGAUCCGGGCAAUCUGAGCAUUCCAAAAAAUCCGAACAAUCUGGGCAAUCUGGUUCUGAUGGGGAGGGGAAAUCUCCGCAAUCGGGCGAGUCCCAAACCCGACCAGCAGAAUUUCCAGAUGCGGUCGAAGAUGGAGUUCUUCCAGUGGGUCUACAAGAUCCAGAUCAUCAAGUUCGUCAGGAUCCCGACCAUGUUCGUCCGGUGGGUCUACAAGUUACCGGUCGUCGAGGUUAUCCAGCAGGCCCACAGGACCUUAAUCAUCAAGUUCGUCCAGCAGGCCUACAGGAUCCCAAUCAUGUUCGCCCAGCGGGUCCACAGGAUCCCCAUCAUCGAGUUCGCCCAGCAAGGCCACAAGAUCCCAAUCAUCAAUGGCGCCCAGCGGGGCCAGGGGAUUCGAGUCAUCGAGUGCGAACAGUAGGCCCACAGGGUCCCAAUCAUCGAUCUCCCUGCUUGCUCAAUUCCUACCAUCAAGCUGGCUGUUUGAAAGGAGACCGCUGUGAAUAUUCCCAUCUUGCCCAUGCAGAUCAAAUGCAGGCGCCCAUCCCGGGGACCCGCCGCUCCUCCGCACGCAAUCGUAUUCGGCGGCGGGUGGCGAAGUUGCUGAACACAAGAAAUCUAUACUCGGUGCACCACCAGCUCCAGCAGGAGGCCCUGCAAGACUCUGAUGCCAAGGAACUGAUCCGACAGCAUUUGAUUGGCGCUGCGUGAUGUUCGGCUUCAAGUCGCUGUGGUUGGAAGGCACUUCCAGUGUGACGCGAUGCGAGGUCCGUGGAUGGAAGAAGUGAAAAGAUGGACAGUCUAACGUAACGAGGCAUAAUCACACCGACUGAGUCUAUAGCCAAAAAUGCUGUAGGUGGAACUCAAA